UAUUGCUUCCACAAUAUGUUUAAUAAAUGCCUGGGCACUUACACGUACAGAAUGCGUCAUCUUAGGUGAUACUGAUGAAGAAAGCUGAGUCAGACAAGCAUUAUUCUAUAUACCAAAUUCGGGGACAGGUGCAUAAUAUCAUCACAACCCAACAAACGACGUGGAUGAUAUAUACCAUCCUGUUAUCAUGUUUUAUCUAUGUACUCAUCCAGAACAUAUCACGUCAUUGUAGGAGGGUGAUAUAACUAUAAUACUGUACUUAAAUGUAAGAAGCAAGUUCGUAUCCAACCUGCCCAAAU